AUGGAAAUGUUUUCAAAGUUGUUGUUUAUUCUAUUGACUAUUUGUUUUAUGGUGGUUUGUGAACAAAUAACAGUUGAAGCAGUAGGUACUCAUUUAGAAUCUACUCAAGAAACUGUAACUGAAGAGAUUCCAGCUCCAACUGAAACGAUUGACUAUUGGAACGACAUGGGUGUUGUAGGAAGUUCGACGGCGGUCAAUUGGAAAGAUGAGAUUAGUGAAUCGUUAGACGAUGACAUAAUCGAAUUAAAUGUUGGUGGUGAAAAAAUAUCGACUCUACGGUCAACUUUGACUGCUGUGCCUAAAUCUAAAUUAGCGAAGAUGCUCAUGAAAAAUAAUGAAAGUGAGUUACAUUUACGAGACAAAGCCGCAAUCAAACGUAAUCCAGAAAUGCCUGCUUAUGCAGUUGAGUUUCAAGCACCAAAUGUGGAUCUAAAAGCGAAUUUCACAGCUAUGCUAACAGAUCUUGGACUAAAUCCCGAGGCAUACUUAUGGCCUAUUCAUGGUGUUCAUCGGUAUUUGAAUACGAAUUCUUUAAUUGGAUGGCAAGAAUGCUAUCGAAGCACAUACGAUACCCCGUUUGACUUAUUGUCGUUUCGAAUAUCGUGCCGAAGUACAAAACUUCUUGUUGCAUGUCGUCCAACUUACAACAGAAACAUGUUAUCGCUAGCUGGUGUAGGUAACUCGAUUGAUAGAUUGGAUAAAUGUCCUCCGAAAAAGCAUUGCCUACUUCAAGCGAAUACUUUUCUUGGUUUCUAUAACAGAUUACAAAUAGCCUGGGGCUUUGAAGGACGUCCAGAAGAUUCACGCUCAAACUUCUACUUUUUAUCGGGUCUCGAUGACGACGGUAACCCAAAGACGUUAGUUGAUUAUAUUCCUUGCGAUCGAAGCGAUGAAUAUUCUGAAUAUCGACUUUGUUGGUCGCUUCGCUCCAGUGUUCACCGUGGUGGUGGAGAUCGAUGUGGGUCAAUGACAGAUCUUCACAAUAACGCUUAUUGGGAACGAAUAGUUUACCAACCUAUUUGA